AUGAAAGUUACGGUAACUUUCGGGGACACGGCCGUGGUGGUUCCCUGCAAAGCUGGGUGGACCGUGCGGGACCUGGUGGACCAGGCGACGCGGAGGUACCGCCGGGUUCUGGAGCAGGAUGGAGAUACGGCAGUGAACAUUCACCACCUGGAGUACGAUGAUGGAGGAAUCCUGGACAUGGACGACAUGAUCAGUGAUCUAGUAGAAGACCGAGAAAAGCUGGUUGCCGUGUUUGACGACGACCAGCGCGGCAGUUCGACGAGUCCCUCGGAGACCAUGUCCAACAGCUUCUCCAGCGCAGACGCCAGUCCAGAACCCAUGCACUACUUCCCCCACCUGGAGUACGAGGACCCCAGCAGAGGAGAGAUUGAAAGGGAGGGGGAAGGAGGUAGGUGGACAUACAGUACGUGGAGUGACAAAGGGACAGCGGUGCACCGGAGGAGCUCAGCAGUCGUUCUCUCCUCAGGAUCAUCAGAGGAAAUGAACGAUGUGCUGAAAGGAGCCUUGGAAAGACUGGAAACAAACAGCCCCCCGCCCAAAAUGAGCCCGAAAGUUCACUUCUCUGCUCUGACGAAGACAGUCGAGUUCCCGGGUGACCGGGGCCCCCUGGGUAUCCACGUGGUCCCUUACUGCUCCUCUCUCAGCGGAAGAACUCUGGGCCUUCACAUUAAAGGCGUCGAGGUAAACAGCCGCUCGAGAAGGGAGAAUCUCUUCAAGGAGGACGAGUGCAUCGUCCAAAUCAACGACACGCCACUCCAGGACAAAACCUUUGCAGAAUCUCAGAAGGUGUUCCAAAAAGCCAUGGCGGCGUCUUCUGUGCAAGUGGAGGUCCUCCCCGUAGCCAACAAGUCCCGCUACGAGAAGCGCCUGAUAGGCCAGAUUUUCUCCAGCGACGACAAAGACUCUACUUUAUUAACAAAGAGCCCGAUGGUUGUUCGCGCUCUGCCCGACGCCCAACCCAAAACCAAACCGAACCCCAAAGUUGACAUCAAGCGACCGGAAACACGUGUGAGGACUCCAGAGCCUGCUCUGCGGAACGCAUCACCAGUGCAGCUCCAGUCUGGACACGGGACAUUGGAGAGAGGUUCUCCCACACCUCCACCUGGAGCAGGGGGUACCUCACCAACAUUCAGGAUGACCAACCCAAACCAAAGCCCUCUGGCCAGUAAGAGUUCUACUUUGCCUGGACUGUCGAACCUUACAAACAAGAAGGGCGGCAAGAGGAUAAAAAUUGACCUAAAGAAAGGCACCGAGGGCUUGGGCUUCACUGUGGUGACCAGGGACUCUACGGUUCACGGGCCAGGGCCAAUUUUGAUUAAGAACAUCCUGCCUCGCGGCGCCGCAGUCAAAGAUGGCCGGCUUCAGCCUGGAGAUCGCAUCCUGGAGGUGAACGGCGUGGACAUGACGGGCCGCAGCCAGGAGGAACUCGUAGCCAUGCUGCGCAGCACCAAGCAGGGCGAGCGCAUCUACGUGGUCGUGGCUCGGCAGGAGGACAUGUUCCUGCCGCGGGAGCUGAAGGGCGAAGAAGCGAGUGGUCAGGUGGCAGAGGAUGGAAGGGAGCAGCUGAUGUACGAGAUCCCUCUCAACGAGACGGGCUCGGCCGGCCUGGGGGUCAGCCUGAAGGGGAACAAGUCGAAAGAGACCGGAGAAGACCUGGGCAUCUUCAUCAAGUCCAUCAUCCACGGAGGGGCUGCUUAUAAGGAUGGCCGGUUGUCCAUUAACGACCAACUGAUUGCUGUGAACGGCGAGUCGCUGCUUGGGCGCUCCAAUCAUGCCGCCAUGGAGACACUGAGGCGAUCCAUGUCGUCAGAAGGAAACGCCAGAGGCACCAUACAGCUGGUGGUCCUCCGAGUACCAAAACAGGCGCAGAGCGGCAAGUCUUCAACGAGUCUCUCCUCCGGCCAGCCCGACAUCCCCGCAGGCUCCACCAAUCAGGAGCCGCGGGGCCACGACGCACUUCAGAGACCGCCAGGACCCACCGGGACUCUGGAGUCCACCAUCAACGGCACGGGUCACGCUCCGAAAGCGUCCGGCGCUUACACACACGGAGACUCCGGAGGCGCUGCCGCCACCUUCACCAACGGCAACUACGGUCACUACAGCGACGCUGGCGACGAGCAGGGCUUCCCCCCGCCGCCCUCCCCCGACUCCGUGGAGGAAAUGAACAGGGUCUUGAAUCUGACUCCCCCACCACACCGCAGCGAGCUGUCCGACUCGCCUCCAGAGUUUUACUCAAACCACCGCCACGACGAGUACAACGUGCCUCGCAACAGGGCGUCCAAAAGCUUGGACAUGGUGGCUGAUGAGAGCAACGUUGGAUCACUGGUGGGUCACAGAAAUGAUUUCUCAUACGAAGAAGCGCUGGGUCCAACCCUUGGUCUCGUGAAGUCCAGCUCCUUGGAGAGCCUCCAGACCGCCGUGUCCGAGGCCAAGCACAAGCACAGCCAAGCUCAGGUGCCGAUCCACCGCCCACGCCCACACAUGGUCCGAGGGCGAGGAUGCAACCAGAGCUUCCGCAUCGCCAUCGACAAAUCCUACGACGGUCCAUCGGAAGAUGACGACGACGGGUCCGACUACAGCUCAGGCAACGAAACACCCGCCAGCACUUCCUCUCGCCAGGAUCUGGACGAAGAGAAGAAGGUAACAAAGAAAACCAAAGCAAAGAAGAAGGAGAAGAAAAGCAAAGGCAAGAAAAAAGCCGAGGAUUAUGGGGACGAGCUGGAGAAGAAAACCAAAAAGAAAGGAUUUGGCCUGCUAAGGUUCGGUAAGAAGAAAGACGACAAAAGCAAAGGAUCAAAGAACAAACUGGAUGUCCUGAGCGAGGAGGAGCUGGACCGUGUCCCUGACAGCAGAGACAGCUACGACCCACGUUACCAGGAGAUCCACUCUGGCUACACCACCCCGGACCGGAACUCCCUACCCGAUGUGGAAGAUGACGACAGCGACCCCCACUACGCUCGCAUCGGCAAGUUCCGCCAGCCCCCCUCUCCGCUGUCCCCCAGUCGCACACCCUCGCCGGCAUUGCCUUCAGGAGGGCAAAACCUGCCUCAGGCACCCCCCAGUGACAUAGAAGGACUCUACGCCAAGGUGAACAAGUUCAGACCACCACCAGGUUCGCAGAACCUGCCACAGGCAGAGAGCGACCAGCGGAUCCAGGGGCUGCGCCGGGAGUACCAGCAGGCCCGAGCCGCUCCGGGUUACGAGGAGCUGGACGCAGCGAGACGCCGGGUUCUGGAAUACGACCCGCAACGGGCGGCGCCCAGAGGAGCCGAGUCCCGAUCGAGACACCGGCACGAAGAGAAAGACGUGGAUUACACCGCGCCACCCAGGAGGGAUCCAUAUGAUUACCCCACCCACUCCAAACCUGUUCCCAGAGAACAAGGCCCCUACCCGAGCCACUACCAGGACCCUCCAGUUUCCAGUAACGCCAACCGUUUGCCGCUCCCUCAGUUGUCCAACCAGCAGGCACCCAACAACCCCCGCUACUAUCCAUCAGCUCAACAGCACCGCGCGGCACUAAGGCAGGACGUUCCCCCGUCUCCUACCGCUGGUCGCAGAGGGCAGCAGUACUACGACACUACCGCGGGGAGAAACUACCGGCAGGCCAGCCCUGGCCGCUACGUCAGCCCUGACAGGAAUGCUAGGGAACGCUACCCUAGCCCCGAUCGCUACCAGUAUGGAGGCGAAAGACAGCCGAGACGGAAGAAUGUCAUGAUAGAUGCUGUGUAAAGUCGAGGCCCGCAGGGGUUCAGGUUAGUCAAACAGACGCCAAAAGUUACGAGAAAAUGUUUAAAAAGAGGUUCGUUUUUAGAAAAAAAGACUAAAAUGUACAUAACCGUAUUGGAGAUGGUGCAUUUUCCAGUAUUGCCAAUGUUUAUAAUGAGACAAAGUUUAUAUUGUAGAAAUGAAAUAAAAUAAAAGUAAAUCUGAGGUGGAUUAUUUAUGGCAGGAGUGCCCAAUCCUGGCCCUUGAGGGCCACCAUCCUGCAUGGUUUGGAGGUUUCUCUGCUCCAACACAUCUCAUUUGAAUCAGUGGUUGAUUAACAGGCGUCCGAAGAACAAGAAGAGGUGAUUCAACCAUUGAAUCAGGUGUGUUGAAGCAGAGAAACGGGUAAAACAUGUGAGAGGAUCCCUCUAGAGGACCAGGAUUGGACACCCCUGAUUUAUGUAGACGUUUAGAUUAAACUUGGUGCCAAAUGUUUAAAAUGAAGUCGAUUCCUGCGUCACAUUUUGUACUAACGGAUCAAACUGAAGGAAACGGAACGGGAUCACCUUGACCAGUUCGACAAU